AUGUUCCAGCACGUCGAAACGGCUCCCCCGGACGCAAUUCUGGGUCUCAACGAAGCCUUCCGCAACGAUUCGAACCCUGAAAAGAUCAACCUGAGCGUUGGUGUUUACAAAGACGAGCAGGGGGUGACGCCGGUUCUGACGUGCGUCAAAGAAGCGGAAAAACGGUUGCUGGAAACGGAAAGCACCAAGAGCUAUCUGCCAAUCGAUGGCCGCGCCGGCUACACCAAAGCGGUUCGCGAGUUGAUGUUCGGCGCCGAUCAUGAAGUGAUUACCGCAAAUCGCGCCGUCACCGUGCAAACGCCUGGGGGUACCGGAGCACUGCGUGUCGCAGGCGAUUUUAUCGCAGCCAAUUUUCCUGGCGCCGCAAUCUGGCUCAGCCAGCCCACUUGGCCGAACCACCCUAACAUCUUCACCGCAGCCGGCGUUCCGCUGAAGACGUACGCCUACUUCGACAAAGCCGCCAACGGGCUCGACUUCGACGGCAUGAUCAGCUCGUUGAAGGAAGCCAGCAAAGGGGACGUCGUUCUGCUGCAUGGUUGCUGCCAUAACCCAACGGGGAUCGAUCCGACGCCGGAGCAGUGGAAAGCGAUCGCCGAUUUGGUUCAGGAAAAGGAACUGCUGCCGCUGCUGGACUUCGCUUACCAAGGCUUCGGCGACGGUUUGAGCGAAGAUGCGGCCGGCCUUCGCGAGUUGGCACGUCCUGGCCAAGAGAUGCUGAUUUGUAGCAGCUUCAGCAAGAACUUUGGUCUGUACAACGAACGUGUGAUUCGCUCGAACUACUCGAACCCGCCGACGCAUGGUGCCGCCGUGGUCGAAACGGUCCUGACCGACGCGUCGCUGACGAAGCUGUGGGACGAAGAACUGACCCACAUGCGCGACCGCAUCAAUGGCAUUCGUAAGCUGUUUGUCGACAAGAUCUCGGCCGCUGGGAUCGAUCAAGACUUCUCGUUCAUCCAGAACCAGAAGGGGAUGUUCAGCUUCUCGGGGCUGAACCAGAUGCAAGUCGAUCAACUCCGCAGCGACAUGAGCAUCUACAUCGUCGGUUCUGGCCGAAUCAACGUGGCCGGUAUUAGCGAAGCCAACGUCGACCGCCUUUGCGAAGGGAUCAAAAAGGUCGUCAGCUAA